GUCCAGCUCGCUUUCCUGAAGCAGAACAUGCGCUGACAUGCAGCAGGACGCGACACACAGCAGAGUUUUCUUCCUUACCAGCUGGCUGCGCGCAUGAGCUUGAGUUGGAGGGGCAACAAAGUGGAAUUCGUUAUCCAAGAGAGGCACUUUUUCCGGGCUUUCUUGGUGUGGUUGUCAGCUGGCUGCUGUUGGAAUGCUUUGCUGGCCCGGCAUUGGAUCGUUAAGCUGGAGGAAGGAAGAGCUUGGUGCAGUUUUGUAGGCUGAAACCCGUGUUUAAGGAGACGGACAGUCCACGCGAAUGACGUGUUAGGAUCUGUAUUUGGUUGCGUAAAACUGGCAAGCACAAUGUUUAAGAAGCUAUGGAAGAAGGGGGCUUCCUCCCAAGCGGAGAGAUCCCCACGGCCAGCGGAAACUGUAGAUUCAUCAAGGGUUGCCCCAAUGCCGGUCCCCUCGCUGCUUCUGUCAUCCAACCUGAACAGGUUGGCAGACCAGAAGACAAAAGACUCUGCGCCGUUCCCUCCCAGGGGGCUGCCACAUGGUGGCGUGAGAAUGAAUGGGAAGAGAAUGUCAGUUGAGUCAGCAGAGACGGUGGACUUGUGGGAUCUGAUGCACGGGUUGGAAGAGGAUGAGGAAGCAGAGGCGAAACCUUUUGCAGGGGGGCGUUUCCCGGAUCUGAAUGCACCCCCGCGUCAGGUGCCGGACAGGCAGGAGAUCACUGAGAUUGUGCGCUCAGCUCUGAGGAAAGUUUUGGACCCUGAGAAAGGGAAGGAGUUUGCGCAGGGGCAGUCUGGCCAGCAAUUUAUAAACGACGUGCUUCCGCUUUCAGAGGUUCUGCCCUUGUCUCGGCAGAGCUCACCGAGGUCGGUGAAGAGCUCAGAGGGAGGGUUUAGCGGCAGGAUCAAGAGCCCUGGUCACUCGGACGGCGGUUUCAGCAGCAUGUCUGGAGAGAGUGAGAGAAGUUUCAAGGGGGCCAGCGCCAAGAGUCCAUCGAGGCAGACUCCAGCGUUUCUCCAACGGCUGGACACAGCGCCUGUGAUUGGAUCCCGGACCCCGCCACGGGUUCCAGAGGGCGGGCAGAAAAUGCGCCGCUCCUCGUUGCAGGUCAGCAAGAGCACAGGGAAUCUCGCCGAGCUUGAAUAUUUAUCCCCGUCGGUGCUGGUCUCGCCAGCAACUCUUAGACGGCGGUUGACUUUGCCAGUGCCGGCAGCGGCCCUCACAGUCCCAGAAGAGGGGAAGAUGCAUUCCGGGAGGAGAGCGCUGUCGAUCAAUGGGUCCAUCGAUUCGGAGGUGACGGAACGGCCAUUGUUUGUGAAGAAGGUCAAAAAGGACGCGUUAUCUGGGGAGCUUUCGGGGGCGGCCCUUGGCCUGAAGAGGAUCCGGGUGCGGGAAGAUGCGAGCCAUGCGCGGGAGGACAUCGGCGCUCGCGCGGCGGCAGAAACUGACCCUGGGAGGAGUCUGAGGUUGCAGGCGAGCAGGGGUGGGGAGAACAAUGCAACUAGGGUUGUGGAGAAAAGGAACCUCUGGGGUACGACUUGGGUGGAAAAGAGUGACCUUUGGAAGACGAGCUGGCUGGCAGAGAGGGAGAAGCGGAAGACAACUAGGGACGGGGAGAGGGAUCCCCGCGGGACUCCACCUGCGAGAAGUCCAGAGUCAGGGGGGCGGUCGCCGGACUUGGUGAUUGAGAAGAUUGCCUGGCCCGUAGAGGAGAGGAGGUCUCCGCCGCGAUUGAUCGAGAGAGUGGCUUCAAUGGGGGGGCGGCCGAUACCAAAGCCGCUAGAGAUUCCGCCUGUUGAGGAUCUGAGCAGCGAGCCGGAAGCAGAGGUGGUUAAGCAGGAGGAGCAUGACAAAGCGCCCAGCAAUGGGGGGGAAAGAGAGGAGAAAAAGCCAGAGGGUGGCCAGAAAGACGUCGGUCUGCAGGCGAGCGAGGAGGAAUUAGGCUUGCCGGGGGUGGAGAAAGAAGCGGCUCUGACGGGCGGAAAGAAAGAAGUAGGGUUGCAGGCAGGGGUCGAUGAACCCGCGCUGUCCAGAACGGAGAGGGAAGAGGCGCCGGCAGAGCAAAAGCAAGGUUCGCUGCUGGUGGAGAACAUGACCUUGGAUGAGCUGGCGGCGCUGCGGCGCAUCUCGGGCGAGGUCAUCGACCAGGUCAGCGCGCGGGCGCGGCGGCGGGGCAUUUCGGACGUCGACUUUAGCGCCGAGGCAAACGCGUUCGGGAGCCCCAUCUCCAACGUGGGGCCGCUGUUCGACCCCGACAUGCUGGCGUCGUUCGAGGAGGAUCUGCACAACCUGACCGAGGAAGAGUGGCAGGCGCGCAAGUCGGAGGACCGGGUCUCGUUCAGUUUCGCACGGGGACUGGCGGCAGUGGUCGGCAACCGGGGGGGUGCGGCAGAGACCUCCCAGGCGGGGGGCGACGUAGAGAAGAAAUCAAGUGGGGGAGUAAGCCGGACGGCUAGUAUGGGCAAUGGGGGCUUGGAGGAGGUGAUGAGCGAGGUCGAGAGCUUUUUGUCACGGUUGGAGCUGGAUGCAAACAGCUCUUCGCAGCAGGCGCCGACCAAGGUCCUGACUCCGACGGGGGCGGAAAAGCAGAGGGCGCCAGACGGCGGCGUCGUGUUGCAGUUGUUAGAGAUGGCCGAGGCCAAGCCCCCCCGCUCGCCAAACCGCUCGCCGAUCCCCUCGCCAAAGGGAUCCCCCCGGCCAAGUCUCUCCCUCGGGAAGCCCCCCCUCUCUCCUAAGAAGAGCCCCAGAAACGGCUUCCCCCCCUUACCGAAUCCUGCGGCCCGCUCACCAAGAGGCGCGCCCCCCCGGGGGCUGGACAGGGUGGUUGUGUACACGACAAGUGUCAGGGCGGUCCGGAAGACGUUUGAGGAGUGCAACGCGGUGAGGGGGGUGUUUUUGGGGCACGGGGUCGCGAUCGACGAGCGGGACAUCUCGAUGCACGGGGAGUUCCGGGAGGAGCUGCGAGCGCUGAUGGGGGGCUUGGUUGCGGUGCCCCGGGUGUUCAUUCGGGGGAAGUACAUUGGAGGCGCUGAAGACAUUCAGAGGCUAAACGAUUGCCGGGAGUUGCUUCCCCUGUUGGACGGUUUUGAGCGGCGGAGAAGCCAGGACUCCUGUGGCAGCUGCGGGGGAGUGCGCUUCCACUUGUGCCGCACGUGCAACGGCAGCUGCAAGGUGGUGUCCGGAGCCAACCCGGACGACGUGGUCCGGUGUCCGGACUGCAACGAGAACGGGCUGAAAAUGUGCGGUGUGUGUGCGUGAGAAAGAAUUGGAAGGGUGUUACUUGGAAUAGAGUAUUGAGGUCGCCAAUAAAGUCUACGAAGUCGAAGAAGGUGGUUCACCUGCGGUCCGCGACCUGCAGACCGCAACUUACAAAAAGCGAACGCGUCAAUUAACAUCGAGUCGUGAGUUGUGGCCAAGGUUUUCGUUGAGUGUGAUCCUAGUGCGUUGUGUAAAUUACGCUUGUCUGGAGGUCCGAAGUAACUGAAAGGUUGACAGUUACCGUCGCCAAGGUUCGAACAUUGAUCAGACGCUACACGAGUCUAGCAAUUUCGUCGAGUCAUAUUUAAGAGGCCGUCUAUACUGAUACCCGAAAGUAGUGUUGGCAGGACACGACUGCGUGACGUUUAUCCAUUCAUUGCAUCAUAUCAUUCAGAGAACUGAUCUUGUUUUGAU